GUGAGCACCAGCUGCUCUGUCACAACUCUGAUGUAGCUGAGAGCCAAGAUGAGGAAGAAUACCAGCAUGGAGACUCAGGAUCAACUAGAAACACAGAGCUUCAAGCAGAGAAAAGACAUCAUGAAAGUGAAAUGAACAGUAACAGUCCACACACCUCUGCUGUGAUAAACUUAAAUACAGGUAAAAAACCUUUAAAAUGUGACGUAUGUGGGAAAGGUUUUGAGCGCAAGUCAAAAUUGCAGAGACACCUGAACAGCCACACAGGUGAGAAGCCGUACCUUUGCAAGACCUGCGGGAAAAGAUUCAGUGAGAAGUCAGGAUUGGAAAGGCAUUGUAGAAUCCACACAGGUGAGGAGCUGUUUUCUUGCACAAUAUGCAGGAAAAGAUUCAUUCAGAAGUCAGGAUUGGAAAGGCACAUGACAAUCCACACAGGUGAGAAGCCGUAUACUUGUAAAGUAUGUGGGAGAGCUUUCGGACGUAAUUGUUAUUUGUUAGCCCACAUGAGGACUCAUUCAGGGGAGAAGCCGUAUACUUGUAAAGUAUGUGGGAGAGCUUUCGGACGUAAUGGUGUCUUGUUGUUCCACAUGAGGACUCAUUCAGGUGAGAAACCAUAUACUUGUAAAGUAUGUGGGAGAGCUUUCGGACGUAAUGGUGACUUGUUAGUCCACAUGAGGACUCAUUCAGGGGAGAAGCCGUAUACUUGUAAAGUAUGUGGGAGAGCUUUCAGACGUAAUGGUGACUUGUUAGUCCACAUGAGGACUCAUUCAGGUGAGAAGCCGUAUACUUGUAAAGUAUGUGGGAGAGCUUUUGGACGUAAUGGUGACUUGUUAGUCCACAUGAGGAUUCAUUCAGGGGAGAAACCGUAUACUUGUAAAGUAUGUGGGAGAGCUUUCAGACGUAAUGGUGACUUGACAGUCCACAUGAGAAUCCACACAGGUGAGAGGCCGUAUACUUGCAAAACAUGUGGGAAAAGAUUCAGGAAUGUGUCCACAUUGACAAGGCACAUGAGAAUCCACACAGGCGAGAAGCCACAUACAUGCAAAACAUGUGGGAGAGGUUUUACAGGGAAACGUUGCCUGAUUAUCCACAUGAGAAACCACACAGGUGAGAAGCCGUAUACUUGUAAAGUUUGUGGGAGAGCUUUCAGACGUAGUGAUGUCUUGUUAGUCCACAUGAGGACUCAUUCAGGGGAGAAGCCGUAUACUUGCAAAACAUGUGGGAUACAUUUCAGAUCUAGCAGUAACUUGACAUUCCACAUGAGAACUCACACAGGUGUAAAGGUGCAUCACUUGAGCACAGAGGUUCCAGUUGAAGUCACACAUAUACAGGAGAGAGACUGUUUACAUGCAAAACAUGUGGCAGAGCUUUCAGAGGCCUGUUCCAUAAAGCAUGCUAAGAAAAGUGGGGAGUGA